CUCUCUCUCUCUCUAAAAUGUCAUUUGCAUAAGGAAAAAUAUGGUAUACUAUCAGAGAUACAAGCAGAGGAAAAAAGGUGAACAUCUUACAGAAGAAGCUGAUGAGUGUCAGAGCAUUAUUUUGGGGUGUUCAAACUCUGGUUACUACAAAAGAACAAGGCCCAAGCUUCUCUCUUUCGUCUUUCUCUCUCUCCUCUCUUGUAGCUUCAUAUUAGCACCUCAUCUUUUCUACCCUAAUACCACUUUCUCUCUAUUACGCCUUGCUGCUGACGAUGUGGUUGCAUAUGCUUCCUCGAGUUCUUCAAUAUCUAACGGAACUAUAUUUUGUGACAGGAGCAGUUUUCGAUCAGAUGUUUGUAUCCUGAAAGGGGAUGUAAGAACACACUCCGGUUCCUCUUCCAUCUUUGUCUACAGAUCCAGAGAUAAAAGUAAUUUCACAAACUAUCCAUCGAGCAUCGUCGAGGAAAACGAAGAGGAAAAUGGGGAACAGCUUCACCGCGAAAAGAUCAAACCGUAUACCCGGAAAUGGGAACCAAGUACCAUGGACACCGUCACAGAAUUAGGCCUCGUUGCAAAGACAGAUGGCACUCCAGGAAAGCAACAUGAGUGUGAUGUCCAACAUGAGGUUCCGGCCGUAUUCUUCUCAACGGCGGGCUAUACCGGUAAUGUUUAUCAUGAAUUCAACGAUGGUAUUAUGCCGUUGUACAUUACUUCUCGGCAUUUGAGGAAACAGGUUGUGUUUGUCAUCGUUGAUUUUCACAAUUGGUGGCUUAUGAAAUAUGGAGACAUUCUUUCACAACUGUCAGACCAUCCAGUAAUUGAUUUCAGUGCAGACAAGAGAACUCAUUGCUUUCCUGAAGCUACUGUCGGUCUGCAAAUUCACGAUGAGCUCACUGUGGAUUCUUCAAAUAUGGAAGGAAAUAAGAGCAUUUUCGACUUUCGAAAUCUUCUGGACGGGGCUUACAGGACUCGAGUUACAAGUCUGAUUCACGAACGAGAAGCAACAAAGAAACUCUCCGUUUCUCUGUCUCCCGCAUCGAAAAGACCCUUAAAAAUCAAGAGAAAAGUACAUGAAGCACAACAACUCAAGAGGCCUAGACUAGUGAUCAUAUCUAGAAAUGGAUCAAGAGCAAUAACCAAUGAGCAUUUGCUGGUGAAAAUGGCUGAAAAAAUCGGGUUUGAAGUUGAAGUUCUGAGACCUAAUUCGAGGUCCGAGUUGGCAAAGAUUUAUUGGGUUCUUAAUUCGAGUGAUGUCGUGAUCGGGGUUCACGGUGCUGCCAUGACACAUUUUCUGUUCAUGAGACCUGGCUCUGUGUUGAUCCAAGUUAUUCCUCUUGGAACUAGUUGGGCAGCAGAGGAAUACUAUGGGAAACCUGCAAGAAAGCUUGGGUUAAACUACAUCGGCUACAAAAUUCUUGCCACAGAAAGCUCGUUACACAACAAGUAUGGUAAAGAUGAUCCUGUUCUUAAAAAUCCAGCUAGUGUAACAAAAAAAGGAUGGGAAUACACAAAGGAGAUUUACCUUGAAGGUCAAACUGUGAGACUACACCUCACAAGAUUUAAGAAGCAGUUGCUUCGUGCUUAUGACUGCGCAAUUGGAAGAACGACCUGGCAUUUCGAACAACAAUAAACUAGUCAUUCUGGAAGUUGUAGAUUCGUACAUGUUUGAUAAAAAUUUGUGUACAUGUAUAUAACGUCGAGAUUUAAGGAUUAAAGAAGGCGCCGUAAAAAAAUUGUAAAUACCCUGAAGUUUGAGGCAACUCUUCAUUCAUGUGAAUAAAAAUUUCUCCUACGACCUUGUUAUUUA